UUCCUGAUCAACAUCUUUUUUGUCUGCUGUAUGUUGUCUUCACAGGAAGGACCAGAAAAUCUACAAAAGCAACCCCUUAAUGUUUUACUCGGAUCGCUUAUUGCGUGCAACGUCAUUCUUAACAUUUUAAACCUUUUGAUUGUUAUGUACGACACUGUUGAUGUGCCUCUAUGGCUAUAUAUUAUUUCAGCUGCAUCUACACUUUAUGCCAUGAGGACAAGUUUUACUGCGUCUCUUGGGCUGAAUGUAUUUUAUUACUUUCAGAUUGUUCCUGCCCAGCAUCCUUUUUUGAUCUGGGUGAAGACGCACAUCAAACUCUUUAUGUAUUUGACGUUGUUUUCUGACAGAAUCUUCUUUUUAUUCGGAUUCAUUAUGCGUGUUCUCCCAAAAAGUGUUUUCAUUUCUGAAGUGGACUUGAAUUCAUCCAGUGUUGCCUUGAACGUCACCAGUGGAGUCCGAUAUGAUCUGAUACUGACAGACUUUGGCCUUAGAUGUGUUUAUUUUUUGGUUUGUCUUGGCAUCAUGGUGGCAUCAAACACUUCCACUGUUCUCUAUCUAUGGAGACAUGUGAAGAGGAUGGAGGACUCAAGUUCUUUCUCUGCUCUUCAUUACCAGAAGCAGAAGCGAGUGGCUAUAUUGAGCAUCAUACAAACUCUACUUUUCUUUUUCUCCUCAGCUUGGCUAAUGGCAUAUGAAGUCCUAUUUCGUUUGAAUGUGUAUUAUUUUGAUCUAAGUGGUCAUAUACUUUUUUCUGUUGUGGGCUUUUACUCUUUUGGUACAACCAUCAUUCUAGGGGUUGGACAGACAAAAUUCAGAGUUCGAGUUGUAGAGAUUGAGGAAAAACUGGUCAGACUAUCUCACAAAGUAACCUGAAUGUGGUUAAUUUGUAAUACAAAUGGUUAAAUGUUCACAUUUGAAUAUCAAACUAAAAAUAAAUGUAUGUUUUUUAGG